CGCAUCUCCUCGCAGCCUGAUCUCCCAUUCUGAUGAACUUCCUUCAAGCACAUUCCUCCUCAUUCUCGUGCCCUACUGGAACCUGUCCUCUUCGCUAUCAUUCUCCAACUGCGAAUAGCAGGAUGGCUGACCCUUUGAGCAUCGCCUCAUCAAUCGUCGGCAUCCUCGCCGCGGCCGGCAAGGUGAUCGAGAUCUUGGGGCCGUACAUGUCCGCAGUGAAGGAUACGCCUAAAAUCGCCGUCUCGGUCCACACCGAAGUCAUUAGUUCGCGCAUCAUUUUAUCGUCGCUUCACGGCUUGCUGGAGAACUUGGGCGUUGCCUCCAGGAGUAGAACGUCGCUCGUCCCGAUCGACGACCUUAUCACCGUCUUCACAAAUGGGGUUCUUAUCUUCUCGGAGCUGGAGCGCUCUGUGUCGCCGAUGAACCUGGCUGGGAUAAACGGUAUCAAGCUGCGAAUGCAGUGGGUUCGCAAGGAAGGCGAUUUUGUAGCUAUGCUAGAUAGGCUCAAAGGCUUCAAGAAUACUACGUUGCUGUUGCUCAACAUUCUACAGUGCGACUCCGACUGGCGGGCCGUCAAGACGCAGGAUGAGCUUGCUGCCAAGAUCAUGAAUCUCCAGCAAACAACCGACAUCUCCCGACGGCUAGAAAAUCUGGAAGAUACAUUUGAUGCUUUGAGCCACAUCGAGCCACGAAGGCCUAGCGAGGCUCGGAGCGCUAUCUCAGCGUUGCUCGACGAUCGGUCUGAUGAUCAGUCCUUCUACUCGGUAGGAACACAGAGGCCGCAGCCGGAAUCUACGUUGCAGCCUUCAAAUCUUGCCAGAUCGCAUCCGCCCAUUCCUUCUUUCGAAUUCCAGGCCGCUCUCGAUGAGUCCCUCCCAUAUCGGAAGGCACGGGAAGGCGUCAUCGACUUUUCGAUCAAGGGCUCCGUGGCAGCAUCAAACGCCUGGUCCGUCUUUUCCGGCGUCAGCCUAUCAGAUGUCUCAAUACUCUCGAACAUCGCUAUCCCAGUAUACCCCAGGGAUAUAUCAAACCCCAGCCACUACAAGUUCAUGAAGGCAACGGCCACGAAGGUAUACACCGCUCGACGCCCGACUGAGGCCACCAUGGGGAUGUGGGCAACAACAAUAAGCAGAGUCGCGCGGCCAAGAGAACUCCGAUUUGAGAUCCUAUUCGAAGCCCCUGUCAUAUUCCUGUGCCCGCCUGGAAAUAACCGCGGGCCCGUCAAAGGCUCGCCCAUCUUUUUCAUCAAUGGCAGCCAGGCCAGUUUGAACCAGACCAUGUCAAGUUUGUGGAACGAAACGGUACGUUACAAGGGAAUCGCCGGCAAGGAUCAGAAGCAAUCGGCGCGUCACGCCGACAACGAGCAAGCCUCCUGGAUCGCGCUUCUCUCUACCCUACAAAGGAUGGAACACGACUCGAGGGCAUGGCAGAGACUUCAGUACGAACAGAAGGCCAAGCCGGCGCAACCCCCGAAAGUCGCCGCCCCAACUGCGCCGCCGGAGGAUAUCGACUCGGUGCUGGACCAGGUUAACCAACGCUAUACUCUUGCCGUGGCCGUGCAGAGGAAGCUCAGGAGCUGGGACGCGAUACCCCCCAACUUCAAGAAGCCCUAUGCCGUCACAACGUGGUGUCAUAUCGUCGAGUUACUGGCCGUGCUUAACGUCUAUUGGGUCGAGUUUGACCGGACUAACGACAUAUACCGCGGAGAAGGCAAUGGUCUAACUGUCACAAGCUUAAAGGUCAGCGAUCUAGGCAUCGUAUUCACCUUCCAAGUCCAUGGCCGCAAUCGCUUUGAGAGCAACAGGGUCAUCCCGAUCGACGAGGUCAAGGAACUCUCCUUCGGCUUCGUCCCGACUAUCUACCGGUCUGAGAUAGACAUGCGCCGACUUAAGUUCCCCAACGAGGAAUCCAGGGACUUGUCGACGUUGAACUUUUCCAGCAUGAACGAGAUAGGAGAAGCGCUGGUUCUAAUCGGCUGCAACACAAAGACUGUCAACUACUUCACAGCCAAGACGAGGACAGCGAGGGUCACACAUGUGUUCCCCAUCGCCUUUGAGAUUGUCGGAAUGCUUGCGCGGACACUCCACAUCGAAAAGAGCGCCUUUCGCCAGCUUCCCAACCCGACUCUCUUCCAGUGGGAUAAGAAGAACUUUUCUCUCACUAAAUUGCUCAACGCUUUUGCUCUUCAGAUGCAACGACAGUUUGGCGAAAAAGCCAACAGCGGUGUGGUUAAGGUUAUCUGGCGGCACACAGAAGUGCUGCAAGACGAGAUCGACAAGCUGAGCCAUACUGUCGAACAGGGUAACUGGUUAAGCCUCCUGCUCAUGGAUGCCUUGCACAGCGCCCUUGACGACAUGGACGAGAUUCUGACUGGAAUGAAGAAGGAGCGCCUCCAAAUCAAAAAGACUCACACAACGAACUCCACGCUCGCCCAAAUAGCCCCAGAGAAGCCAGCGCCGCCAAAGACGGAGGUUGAGCAGGGAAAGCCCUCAUGCGCUAACGGCGCGAGACAAGCGCAUGUUAAAGACGUUCUCCGCAACCACAUUCAAGCGGUGCUCUGUGGUUUUAAUGAAAAGUCAGAACAGGGGGUUCAGAAGGUACCAUCGCAGGAGGUGUCGCAGGACGCCGCCCAGGACAACCAAGCCACGGGAAGAAGCAGGAUAGAUCGCUUCGAAGCCAUCGACGCGGCGAGCCCAGAGGAAAGGGAGAUGAAGUUGAUGGAGGUGUACUUUGACAUCGUGCGGAGGAAGGUGAAGAACCAAGGGCAACAACUGGUAUGGGGCGAAGAACAGGCGCCGCUGCUGGAAGAGAAGCUACUGAACAUGGAAGAUGACGGCGAAGUAGUCAACCUGCUGGACCCGAACCUAGACGUAGAGCACGAGGAUAUCUGGUGCACGUUGGUGUUCCGUAUGAUUUGUUGGCUCAUGCUCCACGACUUCCACCACAAGGACGUACAGAAUGUGUCCAAGAGCGAGUUGCUAGGCAGUCGGUUACCGGUGUACAUUGCCUAGUCGGCAAGGGACACUUAGAGCGGCAAACGUCUGAUAUCUCUCGAGGGGUUUUUUACCUUUUCGCCGUGAAGCAUUAGUCGCCUCUUGGAGAAGAGAGAACUAGGAGAACGUUGGCGCACGACAGCGUGUUCAGCGAUGGAAAGUAGCAUGGCGACGGCCGUCAAAACUGCACGAUGGGUUUCCGUCCUAUCCACGAAUGUUGAUUCAAUACAUACGACGUCGGCAUAGCCAUUCAAUGGCUGCGUGGUGAAUUUAAAUAUGUUUGUGC